GCCAUUCUUACCAUUGCCGUCCUCGCCAUUCCAUCCCACCUGCACUCGCCGAAGCUUUAUUAGCCUCGAAGAAGCGCGAGCGACGUAACUCCACGCUACGCCGACGCCGGAUUACCAGGGCCGAACAGGCAAUGAUCACGGGCUGUCUUGUCCUCGGCGCGUAAAUCCUUGAGCUCCUUUCGAUAAUUUGCAUCGCUGCAUUGUCCGACAAGUCCAAUCCUCCAUCUUCUCCUCGCUUUGACAUCCGCCAUGCUCAAUCACAGCUGCAUCCGCUGUCGCAGCAAGAAACUACGCUGCGACGGCCAAUCUCCUUGCUCCAAUUGCUACGACAAGGGCGUCGCAGCGACCUGUCAGCGGGCGCUCAGAAAGGAGCGACCUCGUCGCUCUGAUGCGAUCAAGAGGGCAAGCGAUGCAGGUCGAGAAGGCCGAGGCGCAACCAUCGAUGAAAUCAAUGUUGGUUCCCCUUCUCGCCCAUCAAUGGCUUCUGACAGGGUCAUGGCGCCUCUAGCGCAGGAUCAUUCGCACUUCAAUACCCAGCCCCUAAGGAAGACGCUGGGCAUGAUUGGCUCCGCAUCCACCGUCGAGUCUGUCCCUACGCCUUCCUCUUCGGCAAAGGUCACAGGCCUCAUCGGAGGGCCCGCUGCACCGUCCUCCUCAGCGCAGCAAGAGCCAAGAGGACCUCGUCACGACGACGUCUACGAGAUGGCUCCCGCUCGCCUGCGUGGCUGCCUAGUAACAAUGCAGCAGAUUCACCUAGCCCGCAAAGUACUCGGCAGCCCGCGGUCCUGCGGGCGACUUCUCAGCUUCGUCUUCCACUACCGCUGUCAAGCCGUAAUGCACAGCUGCAUCCACCUGCCCACUCUCAAGAAGACGUUCCGCCAAGUCUUCUCCGACGAGUGGGCGCCUGAACUCACAGUGGACCAGCUCUCCCUCGUCUUGAUGGCUAUCGCCGUCAGUAUUCAGUACACUCCUCGCGCGGGGCCUUACGGCUACCUCUAUAGCUUGGUCAGCGAGAUGGGCCCCGAGUAUGCGCCCAACGACAGGCAGAUUGCGCUGCAUGAUAUGGCUAGGCAGAUCAUCACGGCUCGCUUGUCCUCGCCUACCGCUACCCUCGAGGGACUGCAGACCAUUGUCCUUUGUCUCAUGUACGACCUGGAUGAGGACGCAUUCAAGGAGCACAUCUUCGAUCAUGCCAUUCGAGGUUCGCAGAGACUCAAUAUGCACCACAUGUCUGCCUACAAGGAGGCCGACCCUUCUUCACCCUCAAGCUCGACUCUACCGUAUGGCACCACGCCCGUCGAAAAGGAAAUGAUGGUCCGUCUCUGGUGGUAUCUUGUCUCCCGUGACUGGCUCACAGCCCUCACCCGCUCGACAUACUCGGUUCAUCCGAACCACUUCACUACCCGCCUCCCUAUGGUCAUCACGGACGAGGAGCUAGCAGAGGGCAAAGCGCCCGAGUCUACAGCAGCAAUUUGGUCGCCUGUAGCGGUCUCUCUCCCUUUCAUCAGUCUCGCCUCCCUCGUGCGUCAAAUGGUCGACCUCCGCAACCAGCGCAAUCUCGACGGCAGCGUCGCCGGUCAAGAGGACAAGUCUUACACGGAUCUGGUAUCAGACGCAUUUGAUGCAUACGCCGAGUCCCUUCCCGAGCAGUUCGGCUUGGGAGCAGCAUUUGUCGAAUCCGAUUUCGACAGCGUGGCUAGUGUAAGGGCGGUGCAGCGUACGGAGACUGAAAGGUGGCUCCUGCACCACGAGCUCUUCCACGCCUACCUCCAACUUCACGAAUAUAGGCUCGACUCGCCCAUCCCGCCCGUCAUGGCUGCCCUUGCCUCGCACAUCCUCGACAUACAGGACAAGAUUCGGCUCCGCUGCCACAUCAUCGACUCCCUCCGCAUCAACGUGACCGGCGUUCUGCGGGCCAUUACGGUCCUCUGUGUCGACCUGAUUCAGAAGCAUCGUACCAGCCAGAUGAGCUUGUUCAGACAGAUGCAGCUGGGCAAGAUUAGAGAAGCGAUCAGGAAGACGCGUGAGGCCACGAGGUUGAUGGAUGGGGAUUUGGAUCGUAUCGAAGGCCUAUUGGGCAUGGAGGAGAAUGCGUGGAGGGGAAAGAGAAAGAUUGCGAGCGGCGCAGCGAUGUCUGCCAAUGGGCAAGCAGGGGUCAGUGGGACUGGGCCAAGUGUGGCUCUCGCGGAUUCGAGCUCCUCCUCCUCACCGCCGAGUGGGGUUACGUCGACCUCGAGUCCGACGGCGGAGAGUGCUUCCUCCCCUCCUUCCUCGCUGCACCACCGCCCAUCAGAGUCGAGCAUCCACGCGGGUAGCAUGGGUAGCACGGCGGCUACGAGCGCUCUUGCAGAGAUGGGCACCAGUCUUCCCUCCUCCAACGGAGGGGCCUGGUCGCCAAUGAUGAUGGACAAGGGCACGAAAUUCUUUGCGGCUCAUCAUCGAGAACAGCAGCAGGGGACUCAACAGUCCUUUGGCGCCGCGAACCAAUUCAUUGCAGCUCAUGGGAAUGGGGCAGCAAGCUCGCUGGACCUUUACCCCAAUCUUCGACCGCAGAACGCACCCACGCAUCCGUAUAAUCCUCCUCUCCCACCUCAGCAGCAGCCGCAGCAAGCCUUCGCUCCGCAUCUGCCCCAUCCUCACCACCAGCACGCAGCUCAGCUUCAAUACCACCCUCACGCGCCCACGCCUGCCCAUCUGGCGGCUCACAACAACCCACCCACCUCGGCCGGGGACAUGUCCUACCUGGCACAAUGGAUCGAUCUCCUCCCCACAGACCAGGCAGUCAGCCCCGUCUUUGCGCAGGGAGGCGGCAGCUUGAACGAGCCCAGCUGGGAGGAGUUGUGCGCCUUCUUACAGGGAGGGCAGCAGGACGCUGCUCAGCAAGGUCAGCAGGCGCACGCGCCUGCGCACGUCGUGUAGAGAAGAGCUCUGAAGGAGAAAUAGGCUCGUGUUUGCACAUAACUUUCGGCUUCACUACGUCUUGUAUUACCACCUCUUGAACUCUUUCUACGGACGAUGGACAGAGAUCAGUCUA